AUGCCGAAGUUCUUCUGCGACUACUGCGAUGUCUACCUCACCCACGACUCCAUGAGCGUGCGCAAAGCACACAACAGCGGUCGCAACCACCUGCGCAAUGUCAUAGACUACUACCAACAGAUCGGCCACGAGAAAGCCCAAUCAGUCAUUGACUCCAUCACCUCCUCCUACGCCGCCGAGGGCCAGGCCCACAACAACCCGAUGCUGCCCCAGAACCAGCCCGGCGGCGGCGGCUUCCCCCCGGCAGGCAUGCCCUUCCCGCCGCCCUUCCCCGGAGGCAUCCCUCCUCCAGGCUUCCCGGCCCUGCCAGGCGUCAACGGUGCCCCCGGCGCGGCGCCACCACCAGGCGGCUUCCCCUUCCCGCCACCCGUGCGCCCGGGCUCCAACUCGGCCUUCCCGCCCUUCCCGCCCCCAGGUGCAGCCGGCGCGCCCAACCUGCCGCCGAUGCCUAUCCCGCCGCCAGGCAGCGCUGGUCCGGGCGGCCUGCCGUUCCCUCCGCCUCCUGGUGGCCUGCCGUUCCCUCCCCCCGGUGCUGGAGGAGCCGGCGCGCCGCCGAAUUUCCCGUUCCCGCCUCCUGGUGGCUUCCCUGCUGGUAUGCCGCCUUUCAACCCUGCUGGCGGACCUCCUCCUCACCUGGGACCUCCGGGGGGCGAGGGAAGGUGA